CACGCUUACGCACGGGGUAUUUGCUUCUUUUACGCGCCUUCCGGAGACAAAUUGGUCCAAUUUUGGGCCUGUUGACUGUUUGUAAUCUGUCAUCUCUCCGUUGGUGGUAAUAAUGCUCCCCAGCCCGCUCAUAACUUCUUCCUCCACGCCUUUCUCCGUGAAGGACAUUCUGAAGUUAGAGCUGCAGCAACAGUCCCAGCAGCACCAGCUCCAGUUCAUCUCCUGCUUCGGUCUGUCCGGCGCUCUGACGCAACCGGGGACGUUCCCAAACAAACCGUUCCGUUCGCAUUCGCCUCCCUCCUGCAUGCUGGCCGGCAGGGACAGUCCGAGUCCCAUCAGCUCCGGCCUCUCAGAGAGCGAGGACAGGAUGUCGUACCUCAGCACGCUGACGGUGCAGGACCGGCUGGUGGAGUCCGGUCUGCCGGGGGAAAUGUUCGGCAACCCGGCGCAGAACCACUCAGCAGAACUCCGGCUGGAGGCAGAGCAGGAGGACCAGGACAGCAAGAGCUGCGUGGCGUUGCGGGGUGAGUGUGAGGAUCCGGACUCGGAGAAGCCCACCACCAAGCAGCAGAGGACCAGGAGGAAACCCCGCGUCCUCUUCUCCCAGGCUCAGGUGUUCGAGCUGGAGCGGCGCUUCAAGCAGCAGCGUUACCUGUCCGCCCCGGAGAGAGAGCACCUGGCCAGCUCCCUAAAGCUCACCUCCACCCAGGUCAAGAUCUGGUUCCAGAACAGGAGGUACAAAUGUAAGAGGCAGCGGCAGGACAAGAGUCUGGAGAUGGCAGGUCAUCACCAUCACCACCACCACCCACCGCCUCCGCCCAGGAGGGUGGCUGUGCCAGUGCUGGUCCGGGACGGGAGGCCUUGUCUAACUGGAUCCCAGAACUAUAACGCCUCUUACACAGUCGGAGCUCCAAAUCCAUACAGCUACAACAGCUACCCCGCCUACAGCUACAACAACUCGGUGUAUACUAACACUUACUCCUGUACUUACUCUAGUUUACCUGCUCUGCCGCCCAACAACACCACUGCUAAUGCUUUUAUGAACAUGAAUUUUGGAAACCUAGGUGCGCAGACGCAAAGCCAGGCGCCACAAGGACCAGUCGUCACACCCUGCCAGGGAGCUCUGCAGGGCAUCCGGGCAUGGUAGCGCAGUCUUUACGUGCAGCCAAGCUUGGAGAGACUUUUCUGGGAUGGCAGAAUGGACUCAAGCAUGUAAACCUGAUAAACUAAUACAACCAAAGCACAAUCCAAAACUCUGUAACAAAGAACAAAGUGUAGGCCUGGUGGCUGUAACUCAAGGCAGGCCUAUGAGGAAACCCUAACCCGUGGACUGAUACAAACCAUAUACAGUAUGCGCAGUUUUCUCUGAGCCACAAUAGUUAGAAAACCCCAUGUUGGAUAUUUGAUUGUGGGAUUGAAUGUUGCCGAUGAGCAAAGACUGUGCGUAAUGGGGCCUUUGUGGUUCAAAAUGUAUGAAUUUGUCGAAAAAAAUAAAGGGAAACACAUUUUUACGCACAAGGUAUACCCCGUAAUCAUAUGUUGGCCUAACAGGCCCAUUCAAUUAGAGCCCUAAAGUUCAAAGCAAGAAACCAACAAAAUAAACAAAAACGCUAGAUAACGCAAUCUUAUUAAGUAUUAUGCUCUUUUUUUCUUUUUAACAGUGUGAUUUAUUUUUUGGCAAGCAGACUUUUGUUUGUACUCCAAAAUAAACGAGACUGAAUCAUAUGACCCGAUUACAACGGCCUGUUUUUAC